GAGAACAGUGUCUGGAAGGGUCAGGGUGGCGCUGGGCCAGGGCUGCCGGCCCGGCUCACCUUAUCCUGGACUUGGGAGGGGCGAGGCACCGCCCGUGGGUCCGCCGAUGCCCCGCCCGCCCCCUCCAUGGCUCCGGCCCGGCAAGAGCUACAGCAUGAGAGCCGGUGCCGCCCCUCACGGACGGUGGACGCGUGGCGAGCCGCGGUGGCCACUCGUGGACGCCACAUGGAGACGCCGGGGUACCGGCGUCGCACACGGUGUGGAGGCUGGGGACUACCCCGGAGCGUCUCUUCGCUGGCGGCAGUGGGACUACUGUGCACCGCGUUGACCACCUUCAUCUGCUGGGGACAGUUGCCGCCACUGCCCUGGGCGUCCCCAGCUCCGCAACGCCUGGUGGGUGUGCUGCUCUGGUGGGAACCCUUUAGGGGGCGCGGCGGCUACCCCAAGUCUCCCCCCGAUUGCAGCCUGCGCUUCAACAUCAGCGGCUGCCGCUUGCUCACCGACCGCGCGGCCUACGGGGAGGCUCAGGCAGUGCUGUUCCACCACCGCGACCUGGUGAAGGAACUCCACGACUGGCCCCCGCCCUGGGGCGCCCGAGAACGCACGGAUAAGGCGCUGGUACUACGCGUGUUCGACGACCAGGAGGGAGCAGUGACGCUAACUGGCAAAGCCCUGGAGACCGUAGGUUCUCGUCCCCCUGGGCAGAGGUGGGUGUGGAUGAACUUCGAAUCGCCCUCCCAUACUCCAGGGCUGCGGGGCUUGGCCAAGGACCUCUUCAAUUGGACACUGUCCUACCGGACCGACUCGGAUGUCUUCGUGCCCUAUGGCUUCCUCUAUUCCAGGAGCGAUCCAACUGAACAGCCUUCAGGCUUGGGCCCCCAGCUGGCCCGCAAGCGAGGACUGGUGGCCUGGGUUGUGAGCAACUGGAACGAGCACCAGGCACGGGUCCGUUACUACCACCAGCUGAGUCGGCACGUGUCUGUGGACGUGUUUGGUCGGACGGGACCCGGACGGCCAGUGCCAGCCAUCGGGCUGCUGCACACUGUGGCCCGCUACAAGUUUUAUCUAGCCUUUGAGAACUCACGGCACGUGGAUUACAUCACCGAGAAGCUGUGGCGGAAUGCCUUUCUGGCUGGGGCCGUGCCAGUGGUGCUCGGCCCAGAUCGUGCCAACUAUGAGCGCUUCGUGCCUCGUGGCGCCUUCAUCCACGUGGACGAUUUCCCUAAUGCUGCUUCCCUGGCUGCCUACCUGCUCUUUCUCGACCGAAACGUGGCUGUCUAUCGCCGCUACUUCCGCUGGCGCCGGAGCUUUGCAGUGCACAUCACCUCUUUCUGGGAUGAGCAAUGGUGCCGGACAUGCCAAGCUGUGCAGACCUCUGGGGACCAGCCCAAGAGCAUCCACAACUUGGCAGACUGGUUCCAGCGAUGAGGCCAUUCUGCUGUGAACUGACUACAUCGCCUUGGCUGCGUUUUCUAAAUACCCAAUUUUUCUUUAUGUGAAGAUGAGUUACCAAUUAAUAUUAUUUAGCACAAGGGUGGGAAAAUUCCCAGGCCCUCGUGGCUUUUUUACAGAGAGGUGGUCUGGCUUUCUGGUAAGGGGCUGCGGUGUCCUGGGUGAAGGAGGCUGGCCCUUCCUUACCUGUCACCCAUGUGAAGAAGUGGCCUAUCCUGGCCACAGGCCUUAUCAGGUGCCCAUGUGGCUGCUAAAGUUUAGACAUAUUUGUUCUCUGGUCAUGGUUGCUUGGAACAAUGAAGAGCAGACCACAGGUUUUUGAAAGCCGGUGGGUAUGAGAUAGUGGAAGGAUUGUGCCCACAGGUGGGGUUUUCUUUGGUGGUUGGAUUCCUCAAACCGUCUGAACCUGGAAAAGACAAGAAGCCAUUGAGUUCCUUCACCAGCCAUGUGUGUCCCCAGCCCUGUGAAUAGAAACAAGAGUCAAGAUUAUCUUCAGAGGAAAAUUAAGAUGAAGACUUGGGUGCACCUCGCUUCCUGCUAGAAUCCUUCUCCUGAAAAGCUGCAUGAAGUGACACCCCAAAUUCAGGGUCCCAAAAGAGUGAAAGUACUUAGUAGAAAUGAAUGAAAAGUGAAAAGUCCCUUUACAAUGUGAAUGACCGUCUUCUAAUUACUUCUUCUGUCUUUAGAGCUUCCCACGACCUGGAUUGGGAAAACAUUAAAAAACACCGAUAUGGAAGAGUCACAAGCAAUCUUCCCACUCAUUUCCCAGCCAGUGCUUACGAAUGGAAGAGACAUAAAUGGCGACAUGUUGUCCACAAAUGUGCUUAUUCUGUGUCUCUGUUGGGGCUGAAAUUUAACCUGGAAUGUGAGUUCUUCAGCAGCGAUGGCUGCUGUGCAGAGAGAACAGUAAAGAUUUUGGUGGACUCUGAGUUUGUGCACAAGGAAAAGGAAAGCUUUAGUGGAGUCUGUCUGUGGUUGGCUGGGUUCUGUCCAGGUUUUGUUCAAUGGAGCUGAGCUAGUGCUUAUUACGAUUAGUUGUCUGUUCUUUGUCUCCGCCCCCCCCCCCUUCCCUGCUUCUAGGUACACUCACUCAUUCCAGUGCCUUGAGCCCUGCGCUGUGGGACCAAUCUUGAAAACAUAGUCGUUGAUUUUCCACGUUCAACAGAUGUCAGGGCAUGCCUGCUGGUGCCAAACACUGGGCUUGAGCUCCCAGGGGAAGGAAGGUAAAGAAAGGUGUGAGGAAUUGCCUCCUCUUUGGGGCUCCUACAAUCUACUACUGCCACAGGGGAAUAGGGAUUUUGGUUACACAAAGUAUUGUUCCUAAAUCAGCCAGUUGACUGAGGCCUCAAGUUAUGAAACUGGGACCCGCACAGACACUGUUACGGGCAGGGCCCAAGAUUAACUGACUGUAUACAAAGUUCUGCCCCUGUUAGGUCAGGACAGUUAUUUGAAUCUUAGAUCAGGUUCACAACCAAGAGCUUUCGUUACAUAUAGGCUUGCAAAACUUCUUAGGCCCAGGCGCUUCCAGCCCAUUUUCCAUAAAAGGAGUAAUUAAAAGCUGUGACUAACAUUGCCUCAUUAAAGUGUUAUAGUGUGGACAGAGCCACAGUUGCAGAACACCAGCCGCCCAACAAAGGGAAACAAAAGUUCUGGGGGUUGUGUUUGCUUACUUUGGUUUUUCAGACAGGGUUUCUUCAUAUAGCCCUGGAACUCUCUUUGUAAACCAGGCUGGCCUUGAACUCAAAGAGAUCCACCUGCCUUUGGCUUCCUUGGGUGGGAAUUAAAGGUGUGUGCCACAAUGCCCAGCUUCAAAGUUAUGUUUUAAAGAUGAAUGUUAAUGAGAUAUUGGCCAGGCGUCUUAGUAUUGUCGGAAGUCUACACUGGGUAGCAGGAGGCUGUGGGAUUUGGUGGUCUGGGUUAGUUUUGCUUUCCAGUUGGGAUGAGGAAUGAGCCCAAGCAUUAAGGUCCUCUUCUGUGACUCGUGGAGGAGGGUGCCUGAAGACCUACUGUGUGACAUAAGCAAUGCCGCCUUGUGUUUACUGGGCAGUUGGUUCAAUAUGGUUAUGCAUAAGCAUACUGCCUACUUUGCAGGGAUUUUGUUUACCCUAAUAUACAUUUUAUAUCUGAAAUUAAAUUCAAGAUCUAUUACAGAAUGAAUAAAACAAAGGAAAGUUAGUCAUAUAUUGCCUAUUUCAAAUAAAUCCUUAAAACU